GUUCAAGGAAGCCCCUGAGAAAACUUUCUCUCUCUUCUGUCCAGUCGCGCGGUGAACACUUGGGAGACGCCACUGCGUUUUGUUUUGGGGAUUUCGUUUAAUUUCUGCGCGCUGUUAAUCCAGCAAGGAGUGGCGUCAGCAUGUCCCUGGCGGAUCAGCAGUGGUGUCCCACAAGCGUCCAGGUAACGGUACUCCAAGCCAGAGGCCUCAGGAUAAAAGGGAAAAGCGGCACGAACGAUGCGUACGCGGUCAUGCAAGUGGGCAAGGAGAAGUAUCAGACCUCGGUGGUGGAGAAGAGCGUGGCUCCGGUGUGGAGGGAGGAGGCCGCUUUCGACCUGCCGUCGCUGCAACAGGGAGGAGGAGGAGGCACGGAGCGCUCCACGCUGCAUGUCCACGUCCUACAUCGGGCCCUGGUGGGUCCAGACAAACUGCUUGGACAGGCUGUCAUCAACCUGCUGCAGCUCAGUGAGGACAAAACCCGCAACAAGACCGAAUGGUUUAAGUUGCUGGACAAAACUAGCAAGGCAGACAAGGACAGAGGAGAGGUGCUUGUGGACAUCCAGUUCCUAAGAAACAACAUGACCGCCAGCAUGUUUGACCUUUCUGCUGCCGGCAAAUCAAAAUCUCGCCUGGGAAAGUUCAAGGACAAGGUUCGUGGCAAGAAAAAGGAAACAGAUGCUGCGUCUACCGGGAUGGCAUCCUUCAGUCAGGUUCUGACAGACAGCGAGGAGGAGGGUAAUGGGGACGAUGAGGUACCAGCGGGCAAGGACGAGAAAAAGAAGAAGCUCAAGAUGAAGUCUUUGUUUUCUCCCAAGUCUAACCUGCAGAAGACCAUGUCCCAGUCCAUGUCUGUUCUACCUGCCAAGAACUCCUCACUGAGCGGCAGCCAGUCAUCUGGUCUAAAUGUGGAUUCCUCUGAGGGUAAAAAGAAGUUCAAGUUCAUGAUACAUAAACACAUCGGCAGCUCAGACAGCAAAGAGUCCUCCUCUGGUCACCAAAAACAUGGCGCUGCAGAACAGAGUAACUUGUGCAUCAAUGGCAGUCAUGUAUACUGCGAAGAGCCGCAGUCCCGGGCCUCUCGCAUCGGCUCAAACUUCAGUCUGACCAGUUCAGGCCAUGGAUCAAUGGAAGACGUCCCUGAAAGCUCUCCUCCAUCUGUUCAUUCACUAAGGGCAGUGAGGCAAUAUUCACCCUGGACGGAGGAGGAGGAAGAGACGACUGAAGUAGAAAAUAUAGAAGAGGAUGUUGGUGAACUAAGAAGGGAGGAAGAGGAGAGGAUUGGGAUGGAGGAGGAGAGGAGGACAAAAGAAGAGGAAGAGGAGAGGGUUAGGAAACAAGACGAAGAGCUUGAGAGGUUUACUGAGGAGAAGAAAAGACAAGAGGAAGAAAAAAGGGCUGAAGAAGAGAGAGUUAAAGGGGAGGAAGAGGAAAGGAUUAGGAGGCAGGAAGAAGAGAGAACUCAGGCAGAGAGGAGGAGACGAGAGGAAGAGGAGAGGGUAAGGAGAGAAGAAGAACGUGAAAGAUUAGCAGAGGAAAAUAGGAGACUAGAGGAACAAGAAAUGAGGAGAAUUGAGGAAGAAGAGAAAAGGCUAAGAGAGGAAGGGGAAAGGCUCAGGAUGGAGGAGGAAGCGAGGAUGAGACAAGAAGAAGAGCAUAAAUUAGCAGAGGAAAAGAGGAGACUGGAGGAAAAAAUCAGAAUUGAAGAAGAGAAAGUUAGACAGGAGGAAAGGGCACAGGAAGAGAGGAGACGAGAGGAGAUGGUGAGAAGGCAAGAAAAAGAGCUUGAGGAAAAGAGGAUAUUAGAGGAACAAGAAAGGCAAAGGAAGGAAGAGGAAAUAAUUAAAGAGAAGGAAAGGAGACAGGAGGAAGAGAAGGCUAGGAGAGAAAGGGAUGAAUAUGAGAGACUGGUAGAGGAAAAGAGGAAACUAGAGGAGGAAGAAAGUAAAAAGAUUGAGGAAGAAGAGGAAAGGAGAAGGGUGGAGGAGGAGAAGAGGGCAAAGGAAGAGGAGAGGGUUAGGAGACAAGAAGAAGAGCGUGAAAAGUUAGCCGAGCAAAAGAGGAUACUAGAAGAACAAGAAAGGAGGAGAAUUGAGGACGAGGAAAAAAGGCAAAGGGCAGAGAGGAUUAGUAAAGAGGAGGAGAGGAGGAGAAAAGAAGAGGAGAGGAUUAGGAGACAAGAAAAAGAAGAGGUUGAGAGGUUGGCUGAGGAGAAGAGGAGACGAGAGGAAGAAGAAAGAAGGACUGAAGAAAGAGUUAAAAGGGAGGAAGAGGAAAGGAUUAGGAAAGAAGAGGAAGAGAGAAGACGAGAGGAAGAGGAGAGGGUUAGGAAGGAAAAUGAAGAAAUGGAGAGAUUAGCAGAGGAGAAGAGGAGACUAGAGGAACAAGAAAUGAAGCGUACUGAGGAAGAGGAGAGGGCUAGGAGGGAGGAGAAAGCUGAAAGGGAGAGUAAAGAAGAGCAGGCCAGGAAGCUGGAGAAAGAGAAGUUUGUAGGAGAGAAGAGGAGGGAAAAUGAAACCAAACACAAAGCUGCAGAGAUGAAAUCUAAAGUGGCCGUGGAGAGUCCUGCAGACGUCACUUCUACUAAUCCAUUCGAUGAAAAUUUGAUUUCAAAUAAUCCCUUUGAGGAGAUUCACAGCUCACCUGCUGGACCCGACAGCAGCACAGCAAAAGUCCCAACUGUCCGACAAAGGUGUCAAUCUGCCGAGUCAUCAGUGGGAAGCAAAACCGUUUCCACUGAUGAAAAGGAUCUUAUUAGUUCUCAAUGGGAAAAGCGGCCGGCUCCUCAGCCUCCAGGAAGGAAUCAAGCUGAGAGGCAGAGUCAGAAGGAGCAGGACGGGACUACACCACAUCUGGCAAAAAUUAACAAGCACAGUAAAGGCAAAGAUGUCAAAACCAUCAGCGUUCUCCCUCAGCGCUCAGUGCAAAUUAUCGCUCCUGUGAGUAGGUCUCCCACAGAAACAAAGAACACCCAGAGCUUGCCGCAAAGUAGUACCACUGAAGGAACAACAAAUGUAGCCAAACACAGUAAGCGUCCUGCACCAUCUAGACCUCGUUCUGUGGAAGAAGGGCCGUCAUCUGAACCCAAAACAGCCCUGUCUUCUGAUGGCAAAAUUUUCCAUGAAUGUGGCUCAGAGGCAAAACAACAGACGACUGUUUAUGGCUUAAAUCCAUUUGAAGAUGAUGAAGAUGACAAUGAGCUCACAGCCAAUGAUGAUACCACAACCUCUGGUAAAACUGGUUCAGUACAAGGGCCUCCGGCUGUUUCACAAGGAGCCGAUAAAGGCGCCGCCUCUCAAACAAAAAUAAAAUCCUCAAAAGUGGCCCGUGCUCCCCCACUUCCUACAACGAAAGCCGCCACUUCGAGCACUUUAAUCAGCCAAAACACUGAAGAAAGCCAUGUCCUAGAUGAAACAGGCGUAAUGGUACCUGAUAACAGGAUAACCGACGCAUGUGUCCCUGAGUCUAUCAGUCCUUUGCAUGUACAAGAGUCCCCGUCUGCUGGAGAGGAGGCAAGCGGGAAGAAGGGGGGGCCUCCUACAGGUUCACGCAGGCUUCAACCUGUAAAACCCCUUAAUCCUUUGGAACAGCAGUCUGUCUCAGUUGUUGGAGGGGAAAAAGAUAACAAAUCCACAGGAAUCCUUUGUGGUGAUCAGCAGAACACAAAGGCAAAUGACACCGGGCCGAAAGGGCCGUACUCCCAGCUAACUCAGGAGGAACUCAUCUCUCUGGUGCUUAAACAGAAAAAGCAGCUCUCAGAGAGAGACAAAAAGAUAUCAGAGCUGGAGCAGUACAUUGACAACUUGCUUGUGCGUGUCAUAGAAGAGCAACCGAGUAUUCUCAUGUCCAUGAACUCUCUGAAGAAAUCUGCCUAGGUGGAUUCACAGCUGACACUUUGUUCCCACCCAGUAAUCUGACAAUCCCAAAACAGAAGUGUCAACUUGAGAUACGUGGAUUAUAUUGUGAAAUGUAACUGUAGUAAGGGUUUAGAUUUACAAUGUUUGAACAGUGUAGAACUCAAGUUCAACAUAUUGGCAAAUAAAUAAUGAUGAAGAUUGACAUAUUUUGUAAAAGAUCUUUCAGCUAAGAGUCUUUCAAUUGGGGGAUGAUGUCUACUUGCAAUCAAAGAUGUUAAUGCGUACAAAGAUAUUUUUUAUGUUUUUGACACUUUUCCUACAGUAUGUACAUGUGUGACAUUGAAAAAACUCUUGUGUAUUUGUUAUGACUAUUUCCAUGUUGAGCAUACAUUUCUUUACAGAAAUUACUUUGAUAAACGUUGCAUGUUGCCUAUGUGACAGACUGUAUUUAAUGGUGGUAAAAACAAAACACAACUGUCUGUUUUUCCAGAGACUGUUAGCUUUCUGUCCUCUGGAGAUAUCUCCAGUAUGAAGAAAAGCCUUAUUUUACUGUCAAAACUAUGCACUAGUCAUGUAGAUAAGAUUUUUUCUCUUGUAGCCCUACUGAAUGUCAAAGUUUACAUGAUUCUACUAAACCCCAAAAGGCACUUUACUCAGCUUAUGCUAUUAACAUGAUGUAGCCUACACUGAAUCACUGCACUGUACUGAGGUUACUGCAUUAUGCUUUUAAAAUAUGCAAAAUAAAAUGCAUUCCUUUCUUGUUCUGACAAACGCA